AUGGCCCCAGACAACCUGGAUCUGCACCAUCCUGACAACGACAAGUACACCAGUGAAAAUAUUCCCCACGAAAAUGACGAUGUAGGCGUUGAUGAUUUCGCGUUGGAAAGUGCCAUUGGCGACGCUUUCCAACAGUUUGGGUUUAUGGCUGAUAAGAAACAUAAGGACGAUGAGACAACUAUCCACGGUGAAAGCGGUGAUGGAAGUCAAAGCGCUGAAAUUAAUGAAGAAUCCCACUCGGCUGACGAGAUGGAUGUGGAUUUAGAAGCUGCUGUUGGCAACGUAUUUCAAUCACUAGAGAACCAGCUACGAUCUGAGUUUGGCGAAUACAAGGAAGACAAGGCCGAUAAGCACGAAGGAUACCAUCAGGAAUUCAAAGAGGAAUACAAUGAAGACUUAGGAGCUCCACAGACUCUGGAAGGUGCAUUGACAGAUGAUGCACACAAUCAUAAGAGUGUUCAAAAUGAACAGGCAGAUCAUGGCGAACUACCGACAGAUCAUGUGAUUGUUCACCAAGAUCAUGAAAACGGCCAGAAACAUCAUGGUGACUAUCAGCCUGAAGAACAGGGCCCCACAGACGAAUACUCCACAUACCCUCUGCAGGCAGAGAAGUCCGAUGAAGAGCAGGUCGAGUUGGAUUUGGAGGCUGCUAUUGGUGAUGCAUUCAAGAGCAUCACCGACCAGAAAGAUCUACAACAGGAAUCUACAGAACCGCAACACGAAAGCGAGCCAGCGCUGUACAGUGCUACCCACUCGCCAGAAGACGAUAAACUCGAGGAUGCCAUUGGCGAAGCAUUCAAGUCGCUUGCUGAGUAUUCACAGCCACAAGACGAGAACUACGAUCAAAACGUCCACCAUGAGCUUCCUAAUAGUAACCAGCCCAGUGAAGGGCUGCAUGCUGUUGAAGAUUCACACAUUGAGGACGUGCUGCACGGCCAUCAAGACGCCGAUACUAACCAUGACCACGACUUGACGGCUGCCAUUACUGCAUCUUUUAACGAGAUCAUGGGCAAUAAGCCGGCAGAAAGGAGGCACAGUGACACUGGUUUUGAUCUCGCAGGUAUUGUUCAGAACGUAGUGCAACAAAUGGCAAGUUCUCAGGAUGUUGACCAGAAGAAGGAAAAGAAGGUAAUUCCACAUCUUGAUGAGAAUGUGCUAGCACAUUUCCAGAUGGAGGCAAACAAAGACGAGGACAGAUACGAGGUGGCAACACUCAAGGAUGUAAUUGCAACAGCUGCCAAGAAUGUCAUGCUGAAAGCGGUGACUGACGAUGUUGAUGCCGAUCGUCCAGAGCAGGACUUAGAAAAAUUGCAGAUGAACGAAAUUCUUCAGAAUGCCUUUAAUAUGGCCAUGCUGAAUCCACAAGAAUUGCUCACUUCUUUGAAUGAUGAUGAGAACAAGGAAUCUUCCUCUCGAACUCAGAAUCUUUCCACUGCAGCAGCUAUUGCGGCAUUGUCAAUGAAAGAAGUGUUGGAAAAAACAGAUACACUACAAACAGAGAAGACUAGCACUGAGAUGACUUCAUCAGGACCAGCUAAGUCCUUGUCUAUUGCUGAGACGUUAGCCUUGCACAGAUCUUCCAUGAAUGUCCCAAGAAGAGACUAUUCGUCCAUUCUGUCACUCGAAGAGUCUAUGCGUACUGAUCAACAAAGAAAUCCUGCCAUGAAUCCUCAGUUGUCAAAUAUUUUGUCAUCGUUGUCUCACCAUAUCCAAUCGGGUAACCAAUCACAGAACUUGAUGCUGGUGAUUCGCCAAAUGACCAAUGCGCUUAUGUUGAACAAAACUUCAUCUUCUGUGAGCACAGCGGCUCAAGAUCUUUUACAAGCAGCUAAGAGCCAUCCUGACGAGAAAAAGUUCUUCUUGGAGAAUUUGCUUGCCACCAAAUCGUUUCUUUCUAGCGAGACUGCUAGCGACCUCAAAAAACGUGCAAUGACUCUCAUAGAUAAUGUGAUGGGUUUAUUCAAUGAGAAGGAUUCUAUUGUGAGCUACUCUGAAGGAGCUCAAAUAGACAAAACAGAGGAUCUCUCUGACUACUAUCAGUCCACGUUUUCAACACUCUCCAGCUUCAACAACUCCCGAGUGAGGAACAUUUUAGCUGGAAUUAAACCAGAACUAGACUCCUCAGAAUACAAGGAGAAAAUUAGAAUUGAUAAUCGUGAGCGUAAGAAGAAAUGGAGAGAAGAAAACGCAGAGAGAAACAAAGAUAAUGACCUUCGAUCUAGAGUUAUCAAGAGAGCCAAUAAUAUGUUCGGAGAAGAAUCUACCCCAGAGAAGAGAGCGUGGGUUGAAGAGGAGUUCAAUAAGAGAAGAGAAAAGCGUUUGGCGAAACAAAAAAAGGAGGAGAUGGAAAAACCUUUGAGCAUGCGUUCUUCGGAAGCUGCUGAAACAAAGCCGUUGGUCAGUGCCUACACUGAAGACCCUAAGCUUGUGAAGCGGGUCACAGACAUUUUUAGUCUUGUUGCUGAAACUGGAUUGGACGAUGAUCCUCAAACUAUUUUGGAAGCUACUUCUGCCGCAACAGCAGUGGCUGCAUCCACCUACGCUAAAUCUAUUGGGCUUGCAGAUGGUAAACCAGUGCAGAGUGCCGUGACUCAGAUUUUAACGAAUGUCCUCGACUCUACUGUUCGCUCCGGCACUUUCAUGAGAAUUCCGUUCCUUUCCAAAGUCUAUAACACUUCCAGACCUUCUGCUACAACGCCAUCCGAGACUUCUGACCUUAUGAGUCGGUUUUCAUCGCUCACUGCAGCUGGAAAUGUUGGUGAAGGAAAAUCGGCUUUGGAAAUAUUACAGAAUUCCCGAAAGCGUCUUGGUUUAGAGUUUCUGACUAGUGAUUUUAAAAGGACAAGAGCUGAGCAAAAUUCUGGUCUGUUUCUUGAGAAAGAAAAAUCAUCGGUAUCUCGAAUUGAAUCAGAGAUUGACCAAUUGAGAACUUCCAUCAAUUCAACUACGUCAAGCCACUUAUGGAAUGCCACCAGUGCCCUCAAGAUGCCACAAUACAAAAAGCCUGCUACCAGCACCCCCAUUGUGAAGCCAGAGAAGCCAACUCCUUCUAUUUCCAAGCCAUCGCCCUUCAUUUCAAACAAGAUUGGGUUAGCAGGUUCCACUAUUCCUUCUCCCAGUGUUGGCUUGAGGAAACCUGGAAGUUUCCAGAGACCGGCAUAUUCCAAGCCUCCUUCCAAAGGCAAGAGUUUAGGAUUUCCUACCCUUUACUCACCAUCAUUCAAACUGAAGUAA